AAGGGAUAAAUAAAUAAAUAAAAGAAAAGAAGAUCGAGUCUCUAACCCUAACCCCUCUAUUUCAAUUUACAACUUUCUCUCUCUAGAUUCAUCUCUUCGAGCUUCCCUUCGAAAAGUCGACGAAUCAUCACACUCAUUUUCAAAUUCUGAGCAAUCAAAUUAUUUUACCCUAAUUUCAGGAAUAGAUAACAACUGUGAGAGAAAAAACUUCUUUCAACGAGAUCGAGAACCCAGAACUUCCACGAAAAUUGAAGGUGGCUAUUGGUUUGGGGCAAUUUGAAAAGGUGAAGCUCGAGGCCAUUCUCUCCACUGGGCACACAUUUUACUUUUUUUCUUAAGUUUGGAGAGGAUGGUCCACCACACUUAGAGAUGUUGAUUAAUGGAUUCUGAAGGCAAGAAGUUUGGAAGAGGUCCGAGAGAGCUAACAGGUGCUGUUGAUCUGAUAAGUCACUACAAGUUGUUACCACAUCACGAGUUUUUCUGCAAAAAGUCUCUUCCUGUUUCUGUUGCAGAUACCCACUACCUCCACAAUGUGGUCGGCGAUACAGAAAUUAGGAAGGGAGAAGGAAUGCAGUUAGAUCAGUUAAUACAAAAUCCAUCAUAUUCACAGGAUGGAAAUACACGCAUACGACCCUUUGAUUUAGAUGUUCUUAGACAAGCCUUUCAUCUAAGGGAAACAACCCCUGUUGAGUUGCCUUCUGUAGAAAAGGGGAUGCCUACAAUUGCCGGAAAAUCUAAAAGCGAGUCAAAAGACAAGGAGAGAAAACACAAAAAACAUAAGGACAGGGACAAAGAGAAGGAUAGAGAGCAUAAGAAGCACAAACACCGCCAUAAAGACCGGAGCAAGGACAAGGACAAGGACAAGGAAAAGAAGAAGGAUAAAAGUGGACACCAGGAUUCUGGUGGUGAACCUUCGAAGAAACACCAUGAUAAGCUAAUGCCUUACAUGGGGAUUGGGGAGUUUCAAUCAAAAUCGCAAUCGGGUGUUGAAAAGAGGAAGCAUGAUGGUGAUGAAGAUGUUAAUGACAUUCAUAGACAUAAAAAGAGUAAGCAUAAUCGCUCAAAAAUAGAUGAGAUGGGUGCAAUAAAGGUUGCUGGGUGAGACGUUUGCUGGUAGUUUUGUUGAUUUUAUUGUUCUCAGAUGUUGGGACUUUCAAGGAGUCGAUUACUUCCAUGCAAUCAAUUGAGUUGGCCAGUGUAGACACUUAUUUUGACUUCUAGGUAUGAUAUGGAGCCGUAGGCGGUGCUAUUUAGCAUUGAGAAUAUUUGUUGAGUUGAGGAUUGUGUGGAAGGCGAACUCCUUGUGGAAGAAUGUAUGGAUUGAAGGUACAGAUUGCUGGUGGUGAAAUGUCAUGUAUCAUCUAAAGGUCCCCCAUAUAUUAUUGCUAGUAACCCCUAUCAAAUUCUGAUCAUUUUGUUUUCAGUUUAUAUGGCGCAUUGGAAAUUCCCAACUCUUGUCCAUUAUGAUAACGUUUCUUCUUUCUAGAGGUCCAAACUUGAGCACUCUUACCAUGCUGAGUUAGUUAGUACUUGUCGCUGGGAUGUAGACAAGGUUAGGAUUGGGUAGAAGUGCUAAUGUGUUCCUCCUUUACUUCUUACUUGCAGGAAAGUGUCUUGUCUUUUUAAUUAUUGUCGUAUUGUUUAAACAGGUAGGUAGAUGUUAAGGGUAGGCUUGCGUGUAUCUUAAUUAAUCUAUCUCUAGUCAUGAAUGGUGAAAUAUUCUUUGUAAAUUAUAUUAUCAAAAUGGAAGAACGGGUUCACUGAAAAAAUAGAA